GUCCGCCGUUGUUGCAGUGGCGGAAUGGAUGCCGUGAAAGAAAACGCCGUAAAAUGAUGCUGUACUUUGUUUAUUUCUGAUAAGGUCUAAUGAUGCGCCGUCACUGGCUGCUGGUUGGAGCUUGCGGAUGGGUGCUGCUUAUCCUCAUGUUUGUCAGCAAGUUCAUCAACUUUGGUUUCAGAAUGCCUGAUGACUAUGGAGGAAGGGCUGAAUCGUUGAACUGGACCAUUCCAUCCUUAAGGACUAUGAAACCUUUACUCAAUCAGCUUCCACAAAAUGCAGCAUCACAGUCGUCUCCGACGUCCUCAGCCCAGCCAGAUGAGGUUGAUUUCUCAGAUUGGGAGUUGGUUAUGAGGCAGCGUUUACAGCUUCUGUCCACCGUUUGUAAGAACUCAUCACUCUGGAACCUCACUCACACAUCUGUACGCAAGUUAGUCCUUGACCGCAUCUUCGUGUGUGACAAGCACAAAAUCCUUUUCUGCCAGACGCCCAAAGUGGGCAACACACAGUGGAAGAAAGUCCUUAUUGUCCUUAAUGGAAAGUUUCCCAGGGUUCAAGAUAUACCUGAGAAUUUGGUCCAUGACCAUGAGAGGAACGGUUUACCUCGUCUGUCCUCUAUGAGUGACGCAGAGAUCACAGAAAGAUUAAAGACCUACUUUAAGUUCCUCAUCGUCCGAGACCCCUUCGAGCGCCUGAUAUCUGCCUUCAAGGACAAGUUUGUGCAGAAUCCACGUUUCGAGCCAUGGUACAAGCACACCAUCGCCCCUGCCAUCAUCCGCAAGUACCGCAAAUACCACCGUGACUCCUCCGGCAGCGCCGGUCUUCACUUUGAGGACUUUGUUCGGUAUUUGGGUGACGAGUCGGGUCAGAAGCAGCUCGACCGCCAGUUCGGAGAGCACAUCAUACACUGGAUAACUUAUGUAGAACUUUGUGCUCCAUGCCAUAUUUCAUAUGAUGUCAUUGGGCAUCAUGAGACACUCGAGCAGGACGCACCGUAUAUUCUAAAAGCUGCUAAAAUUGAACAUUUAGUGUCAUAUCCCAGCAUCCCACAGGGCAUCACGCAUUACAACCGGACUAAGGUGGAGCACUACUUUUCUGGAAUCAGCAAGCGGGACAUCCGGCGCCUGUACACAUCCUACCAGGGUGAUUUCAGCCUUUUUGGCUACCACAGACCAGAUUUUCUGCUGGACUGAGGCAGAAUUAUGUCUUUGGGUUUGCUAUAGAGGCAGAGAAUGGCCAGCAGGAGGCGUUUCUUUUGUAUUAACAGGUUUUAUGUUAAGAUAAAACCUUUUUUUAAGAAAGAAAGCUGGUCUGUGACUUUUGAACAUCACAUUAAAAUGGUCUUCCUGUGACUGGGUACAUGUGAACCAAGGCAUGUUACACUCCUCAGAUUAGUAGAAAAAUAUCGCUCUUUUUCAUGUUGUGAAAACAAACUAAGUUGCAUUUUGUAAUGGGCCACUUAAUCAUGUAAAAGAACCAUAUUAAAAUUAUUAACAAACUAUAUAUAUUUUUGUUGUGGGGGGUGGGUAUUAAGCACAUUUUUCUUAGUUCUUAAGUUCAUCAGCAUUAACGUGUCUUCCAAAAUUCCAGCCCUUAAUUGCUAGUUCAAAUCUCCAGACUUGAACUUCUGACAUGAACUUCUGGCCUUAAAACCUUUAAACUGUGGCGUUUACUCAGCAUUACAGAAUAAAGUCUACAAGCACACAGCGAUGCAAGCAGUCAAAAAUUGCUGCUGAUUCGGGCUUGUGUCCAUGGCCUUCUGAAUGGCACAGUAGUAAUAAUUGGCUCUGCUUUCUGUCUGGUGGUGAUGCCAUUUCACUUCCUCCUUUAAGCUGACUUGAAAGUUGAUGCCCUUUUUAUGAUGUGCAACCCCAUUUCUAAAAGUGUCUCAGAGGAAGCAUGUGCUAGCUUUCACUCGUAACUAUUGUGUAUUACGAGAGACUCGAUUCAUCAGUGGGAAACGGAACACACUACAGUUCUUUACUUUGGUUAUUUAUUUAUUCUUUUUUGGUAAGCUGAUUGUAUUUUAUUUAAGAUGGUCCACUCUAUUCCCUUACACAUGUGGAGUAAUACCACAAGCAAAGCCUGUUAAUUUCUGUAUCUAAAGAAAACUUUCUGAAAGUUUAGAAAAAGUCCUCAUAAUGCAACCUUGCAGAUGAAAGAAUGCAAAAUUAGAUGCAGUUGGGCUCAGCAUUCUUGGUGACUUACAAGUGCAAAAGUCAUAAAGUAUCAAUCUUUUUCCCCAGUAAAUAACUGAUUUUGGAUUUCCUUAUAGCACUGGUUGCUUUACAGGGGAAGUGUGUUUUUCUAACUAAGAGCUGGUUUACUAAGAAUUUCCAACAUAGAUUUCUAAUAAACAUAAAA